CUCUCUGUCCUACGCUGACACAUGCACUUGCUUAGCAAGCUAACAGGCAUACACAUACAGACACACAUGCUAUUAUAUUUCUUUUAACUAUUGGCAAUCGUGUCCAGCUGUGGUGUGUGUGGGGUGUGCGAAGGAGAAGAGAGCUAAUCAGGCAGACAUGGAGACACUCAGCUGGUUCUGCAGGAGUGAUGAUGAAAUGAAGGUAAAGAUGUCACAGGUGAAGCAGGUGGGACUGCUGGCUGCUGGGUGCCAGCCAUGGAAUAAAGAUGUGUGUGCUGCCAGUGGAGACAGAUUUGCAUACUGUGCUACGCUCGCUAUCUAUGUCUACCAGCUGGACCACAGAUAUAAUGAAUUUAAGCUGAGGGCCAUCAUGUCAGAGCACAAGAAGACCAUCACUGCCAUAAGCUGGUGUCCGCACAACCCUGAAGUGUUCGCCAGUGCCAGCGCAGAUAACCUGCUUAUCAUCUGGAACGUAGCCGAGCAGAAAGUUGUCGCUCGACUGGACAACACUAAAGGUAUCCCUGCUUCUAUAAGCUGGUGCUGGAACACAGGUGACAGUGUAGCGUUUGUCUCCCACCGUGGUCCUUUAUAUGUUUGGGCCAUUUCAGGGCCGGACUCAGGGGUCACUGUACACAAAGAAGCCCACAGCUUCCUGUCAGACAUCUGCCUGUUCCGCUGGCACCCGCUGAAGAAAGGCAAAGUGGUGUUUGGCCACACAGACGGAAGCCUAUCUGUAUUUCAGCCAGGCUCAAAGAACCAGAAGCAUGUAUUGCGUCCAGAGUCUCUGGAAGGAACCGAUGAGGAGGACCCUGUCACCGCAUUGGAGUGGGACCCCCUUAGUACAGAUUAUCUGCUGGUGGCUAACAUGCACAAUGGCAUAAGACUGCUGGACUCAGAGUCCUUGACCUGCGUGACCACAUUCAGCUUACCCAGCGCAGCUGCAUCCGUACAGUGCCUGGCCUGGGUACCCACAGCACCAGGCAUGUUUAUUACAGGAGAUUCUCAGGUUGGUGUGUUAAGGAUAUGGAAUGUGUCGAGAGUGACGCCACUAGACAAUUUCAAACUGAAGAAGACAGGAUUCCACGCCCUCCAUGUGUUGAACUCCCCACCAGUAAAGAAAGCCUCUGUUUCCCCAUCCAAGAACCACUACACUUCCUCCACCAGUGAAGCAGUUCCUCCCCCUACUCUGUCCCAGAACCAGGCCUUCUCCCUCCCACCCGGACAUGCCGUCUGCUGUUUCAUGGAUGGGGGGGUGGGUCUCUAUGACAUGGGAGCCAAGAAGUGGGACUUCCUCCGAGAUCUGGGUCAUGUAGAAACUAUAUUUGACUGUAAGUUCAAGCCGGACGACCCAAACCUGCUCGCCACAGCUUCCUUUGAUGGGACAAUCAAAGUUUGGGACAUCAAUACUUUAACUGCAGUUUAUACAUCUCCUGGCAAUGAAGGUGUAGUCUACUCCCUCUCCUGGGCUCCUGGAGACCUGAACUGUAUAGCAGGGGCCACAUCUAGGAAUGGGGCAUUCAUCUGGGACGUUAAAAAAGGAAAGAUGAUCACAAGAUUCAACGAGCAUGGGAAGAACGGUAUCUUUUGCAUUGCCUGGAGUCACAAGGAUUCAAAAAGAAUAGCUACAUGCAGUGGGGAUGGGUUUUGUAUAAUUAGAACCAUAGAUGGCAAAAUAUUACAUAAAUACAAGCACCCAGCAGCUGUGUUUGGAUGUGACUGGAGUCAAAAUAACAAAGACAUGAUAGCAACUGGAUGUGAAGAUAAGAAUGUAAGGGUCUAUUAUUUAGCCACCAGCUCAGAUCAGCCUCUGAAAGUGUUUACAGGUCACACAGCCAAAGUGUUCCAUGUGCGCUGGUCUCCUCUCCGAGAGGGCAUCCUCUGCAGCGGUUCAGAUGAUGGGACAGUGCGUAUUUGGGACUACACCCAGGACGCCUGUAUUAAUGUACUGAGUGGACACACAGCCCCUGUACGAGGGCUCAUGUGGAACUCAGAGGUUCCAUAUCUGCUGACCUCGGGGAGCUGGGACUACACCAUCCGUGUGUGGGACACCAGAGAUGGGACCUGUCUGGACACUGUCUAUGACCAUGGAGCUGAUGUCUAUGGUCUGACGUGCCACCCCAAUCGCCCCUUUACAAUGGCCUCGUGCUCCAGAGACUCCACUGUCCGGCUUUGGUCCUUAACACCUCUCAUAGCACCACUGCUGGUCAACAUCCUCACUGAUCACAGCUGGGAUGACAUCAUAGGGAACACCGAUCGGGCAAUGGUCCCUGGUGCUCCUCCUCUCCUCUGUGGAAAAGUCUCCAGAGACAUCAAGCAGGAGUUGGACAAACUCUCCAGUGAUGUUCGCACAAAGAAGCUCCGCUGGUUCUCUGAAUGCUUCUCGCCUCCAGGAGGGAGCCAUAACCUGUGGGAUUUGGUGGCUGUGAUAAACAGGCAAGACGACAGUCUACUGCCUCAAAACUAUGGCCAGGGCAUCAUGCAUAUGAAACACCUUGUCCGCUUUAAAACGUCUGAAGCCCAAGAGCUGACCAUAGUGAAAAUGUCAAAGUUUGGGGGAGGGAUUGGAGCACCCAGUAAAGAGGAGAGACUGAAGGCUGCAGCUGAAAUCCACCUGAGAUUAGGCCAGAUCCAGAGAUACUGUGAACUGAUGGUGGAACUGGGAGAGUGGGAAAAGGCAUUGUCUGUGGCACCUGGAGUGUCCAUGAAAUACUGGAAGAAACUCAUGCAAAGGAGAGCAGAUCAGCUGAUGCAGGAGGGCAAUGGUGAUGUCAUCCCAUACUGCAUCGCCACAGGCGACGUGAAGAAGCUCGUGAAUUUCUUCACUUCCAGAGGCCAGCUGAAAGAGGCACUUCUGGUGGCACAGGGAGCUUGUGAAGGGAACAUUCAUGGGCCUCAGAUUACCUCCAUCAACCACUCUGCAGGCCCAGACAAUGAUAACAUUGAGACAUAUACUGGGCUGUUACAUGGAGUGUGUAAAGAACUGGCAGAGUGGUAUUUUCAGGAUGGAUGUGCAGUACUGGCAGCCUGCUGUCAUCUGGCUGUGGAUAACACAGAGCUGGCGAUGGCAAGUCUGAUCAGAGGGAAUGAGCUGGAGUUGGCAGUGUGUGUGGGGACAGUGCUGGGAGAAUCAGCCAGUCAGGCCACUCACUAUGUCAUGGAACUGCUGGCCAGGAAAUACAUGACCACAGCCACAUGCUUUCCAUUUGUCGGAAACAGGGACCUUGCUGUCAGGCUGCUGCAGAUGAUUCCUGAUAAUGAGAUCCUUUUAGCCAAACUGUGUGCCUUCUACCCUGGCAGCUCCGCAGAAAUCAACGACCUGCACGAAAAGUGUGGUUUGCCAAGCUUGGAGGAGUGUAAAGAGCUGGCAGAGGCAGCGCAGGAUGAGGACGAAAUCCUCCAGACAGUGAAGUAUUACCUGCUCAGCCCUGAACCAGAAAAAGCCCUGCCUAUUGGAAUCACAUUUGUCAAAGAGCAGUUGAGCUGUCCUGAUUGGACUGUGGACUCAGUCUAUCCAACCCUGGACCUCUUGAGCUACAUCAGGACUGACCGGCUCAUUCUGACCAAGUGCAGUGAGGACCGGAACGAGCUGCUGAUUCUCUGUGGCUAUGUCGGAGCAUUGCUUGCCAUUGGACGGCAGUACUCCAGUAUAGUGCCAGCACUGUAUGAAUACACGAGUCAGUUGCUAAAACGAAGGGAAGUGGCUGUUCCACUGCAGAUUGAACAGCUAUCAGUGGAGCUAGAGGCCUGGAGAGCCUGUACACACUCACUGAACAAAGGAACAGAGGAGACGCCUUAUACUCCUCCAACGGAGGUGCAGAAGGCCGAGUACAGCCAACUCCUGAGCCGAAUGAGGGAGGAGCCUUUGAGGGGCCUACAGGGGCCUGACUACGUCACAGGCUCUAGCUUGCCCAGCCACUCUGACGUACAAAUCUCUUGCUUUACGGGCCUCAGGAUACAGGGUCCAGUGUUCUUCCUGGAGGACGGCAAGUCAUCCAUUUCACUCAACGAUGCCUUGAUGUGGGCCAAGGUGAACCCUUUCUCUCCGCUGGGGACAGGUAUACGCAUCAACCCCUUCUAAGCACACAGGCAACCACUUACGCACAUAUGCACUCAUGCUCACACACAUACACAAAUAUGAAGAGUGUAAACAGUAUUUAGUCCAGUCAAGGACAAGGACAUGAGCAUUUAACAUAGAGGCUUUGGACCUCUAUUCUCUGAGAGAAGAUGGACAUCUGUGGAGAAUGGAGGAGUGAUAUAAACUGUGAUUUAGAUGAUGCUUUCUGAGGUUUUUCCAUUUAAUUAUGUGUAUUUUCUCGGGAUAUGUAUGCAUUUACCACUAUUUUAACUUCACUAUUGAUCCAAAUGGAACCAGGAGCCACCAGUUUUUCUGGUAGACCUGAUGUUGGAGUUGGUUUUUGUUUUGUUUGUUUAGUUUUUUUUUCCUCAGAAGGCACAUGAAGCUCAUGGAGAGGAUCUGAAUGUGUUUUUUUUUCCUUUCAUGGUUGAAAUGGGAGGGGUUUUUCUGCACGUGUGCUUGCUUGCUGCUUGGAGUAGAUUUUUUUUGCUUUGUGUGGUUUUUAGAUGAGGAAUCUUUGCUUUAGCCAUCAGCCAGCUCAUCUGUGGGUGUCUGUUCUGUGGCGAGCCAUAGACAUGCACUUUUUUUUUUCAGUAGAACCACAAAACAAGCUUUAAUAAGUUGAAGGUUUCAGACAGCACACAGUUUUUAUGAUUUAAGAAUGCUGCUUUUUGUUCAGGGACUUUUAUUUUAGGAUUAUACAGGAGUAGGCCUGGGUUAAUUUCAAGGUAUGAAAUAUGUCUGUAUAACAUUGUUUAUUGUAUAGCUUAUUAUUAUUAUUAUUAAUAUUAUUUCCUGAAUGUGGUCGUUAUUUAGUUACAGUCAAAACCUAUAUCAUACAACUGAUGAGAACUUGGGCAAUAUGUUAAGAUGCUUUAACUCAAAGCAAGAUCUCACAUCUAGGAAAAGUGACGAUUCUAGUUUUUCUGAUAGUCAGGUGUCUAGAGCGUGUGCCUUAAAUUAGGAAAUGAAACUGAACAAUAACAUCUGUAUUAGCUUAGGUGGUACCUUAGACGUGAAUAUCAGACAUUUGAAGUCAGAGUAUAUCAAUCUGCAAGUGUAGCGUAAUAUAAAUUGUUUCUAAAAAUGUAUGUAAUGUCCUGCGUGGGGUAGGGAACAACUCAAAUUAUUUUAUAUUGGUCCCAUUGGUUGAGAUUGGUACUAUUUUCAUCAAAAUGCACUGUGAACUAUAUUUAUUUAUCUAUUUAUUUGUAUAUUUCUGUUCUGUAAUUUACUUGUAAUUCCACAGCUAAACAGGGUGUAGCUUACAUUGUCCACUGUCCAUUAGCCAUAUACAGUAGUAGGAGCAGAAAAUACAAAUGUUUUCUCAUUUUAACAAUCUAUUUAUUUUUUAUAAUGAUGUUAUCGGUAAAAUGUAAGAAAAUGAAUGAAUGAGGAAAAGAAAGUACUUUUAGAACUGUGCUUGCCAGAAAUAUGACAAAAUAUAGCCAGCCGGCAUUGGUUUGUGAUCAUAAUUCAACGAUUCUUAUUAAAAAUGAUCUAGUAAACAAA